AUGAGUAAGAAUCAGUCGACAAAAUCAACCCCCACAACGAGCACUCUGCAGAACAGCCCCAAAUCAAUGACGGAGCCCGAGGCUUCUGCUCCAGUGCCAGCCCAAAAGUCUAAACGGGUCCGAACGGGUUGCUUAACAUGCCGAGAACGGCACCUGAAAUGCGACGAAGGCCUCCCCAACUGCCAGAACUGCAAAAAGUCCAAUCGAACUUGCAAACGCGGAAUCCGACUCAAUUUUCACGAUAUACAGUGCGAGCAGCCACCUUUCUUGCUGCCUAGGACUCAUGACUGGGAAAUCGCAUUUCAGGACAACUCUCGAGACAUUGCUUCGGAAUAUGUUGGCGGACUCGAGAAGUAUCAUCCACUCGAACCCCCCGCUAAGCGGCAAAAGAUCGCGCAGGAUGUGAGCUACGCCCAAGUCGGCGCUCCUAUUCUCUCCCAUCAACAACUACCAGCGCAGUCCUACCAGAGCUAUUCUGAGGCGCCUCAGCCCGGCUAUUCAGGCUCAGGUGGGGGCUAUGUCGACGCAAUGCAGCAAAUGCAGUCGUACGCCGACCAGGGUCGCCAGUCCUUUUCGCAACCAGUCAUGCAACAGCAGACCGACUACCCUCCACCGCUGGACGACCGGACAGAGGUCCUCUACACCCAAGUUUUCGUCGAAGAAGUAGGCUUGUGGAUGGACAGCAUGGACGCAGACAAGCACUUCUCGCGACUUAUCCCGUUUCAGGCACUGCGCGAGCCGAUGCUCAAGUAUGCUCUACUGGCAUGUGGAGUACGACAUCUAACACUCGUGAAUCCAUCGCUUUAUCCUGAUGACCACGCUCUCAACUACUACAACAACGCGACACAGCUGCUACUGAAGUCAUUGCAGAACCCUGACAGAGAUAGCGUGUUAUGCGCCACGACCGCCACGAUACUGAACGUCUACGAAGUCAUGUCUGAGAAGGCUUUGCAGCGAAUGAACCACAUCGCAGGCGCGAGAGCCUUGAUCAAGGAGUGCCGAUGGGAUGCCAAUGCCACCGGGAUUGGUGGAGCUUGCUUCUGGCUCAAUGUCGGACUUGAGCUCUUCAGCUGCCUCCAUUUCAAUUGGGGAGUGGCUUGGGAUCCUGACACAUGGGGGAUCGAUAUGACGAUGAACCCUCAGCCAAUGGGUGGCAAUGAAGAGGACUGGACACACAAGAUUCUAUGGAUUCUGGCAAAGGUCACCAACUUUCGGUCAACAGCCCCGAGAUUCCAGGAGCAAACAGUGCAAGCUGAGCAGAUGCGCAUGAACCGAAGAUACCAGGAAUGGCUCGGACUGAAGCAGUUCUGCGACAAAUGGGAUCGCUGUGUGCCACCGACUAUGCAUGCGAUGGCGAAUGUCCCCGUCUACUCAACCAAUUCUAAGAGCGCCUUUCCCGGAUUGUGGUUCAUCAAGCGGACGACAGUCGUUGCACGCCUCUUCUAUCAUACAGCUAUGGCACUGCUCGGCGCAGUGCAUCCUUUGAACAAUAUCGACCAGUCAGUACUUGCAGAGACGGACGAGAUGCGCCAAUACCAUUCGCGCCAGAUUUGCGGCAUUGUUGCGCACGUGAAGGAUCGAGGCGUUGCCUCGGCAUCCAUUCGCUGUCUCGCCGUGGCAGGUGAGAACUUGACAGUCAAACGGGAGCAAGAGGAGGUUCUGGACAUUUUCGACAAGAUCAAAAAGGAGACCGGUUGGCGCGUGGCAUUCAUCAACGAUGCACUGAAGGAGAAAUGGGGCUGGAAUACUACCGAGUUUGACACCACAGGCGCGCCGUCAUUCUACCAACAGGGAACCGCAACGAUGCCUCCCGUCAGCACCCGACCCAAAUAUCCGAGCGGCAUCAUCAACCCACUUUACAAGAAUGCCGACUUCUCGGCGGUCAACCCACCAUAUCAGGGAAGCUACGUGCCGCCCACCACGGGCCAUAUGCUGCAUACAGGCAUGUACGGCUUUUCCAGCAUAGCGGCGAUGUGA